ACAAUCUUAUCGCACGGCGGCGUUGGCAGCGGCAAAGCGGGUGUACUUUUAUCGAACAUUAAUCAUAUCAGUAUAUUUUUCACCGUCACUGGUCGACGGCGGCAGUGCAGCGGCGAUGAAACCGAAUCGCGACAUUCCCGGCUACGUGCAGGACGGCAUCCGUAAGGUGGCCCGUAUCCUGCAGUUCGGAAACCAGUUCACCGUAGACUACGAUUUCCGCAGCGACAGUCAUUACAGUUCGGCUGCCGUUUCCGCGCGCUACCAGAUUACCCUGCGGGAGGAGCUUCGCGAAUUGACACUGCUCUGCAAGGUGCCGCCACCGGAUGCGGACGAUACGCUGCUGGCGCUGUUCGAGCGAGAAGUGUUCCUCUACCAGCAGCUGUUGCCAACGUUUGCACAGUUUCAGCAGGAACGUGACAUCGCGCCUGCUUCGGCGGAGUUUGUGUUUGCACCGGUUUGCUAUUAUGCCUACUGUGAUACGCGAAAACGUGAGGGUAUACUGAUUAUGGAGGAUGCCGGUAGGCGGAUGUUUGGCAACCGGAACAAGUACAAGCCGAUUGACUACGAUCAUGGCCGGCUGGCGAUGAUUCAGCUCGGCCGGUUUCAUGCCGUUUCGCUUGCUAUGAGGGAACAACAUCCGGAGAUUUUCGAACGCUUCCAGCGGCUGGAGGAUGUUACGGGUGAUCGGGUGAUGGCGUCCGACGGAUUUAGGGAAACGAUGGAUCUUUCGUUUCGGCAUGCGAUUGGGACGCUGAGCGUGCACGAAACGGUGAAGAAGGAAAAGUUGAACAAGCUGAAGGAUACGUUCGUGGAAGAGUUGAAAACAAUUGCGGAUAGUGAGCUGUCGGAACCGUUUUGCGUCAUCUGUCAUGGAGACUACAGUGCGAGUAAUAUUAUGUACAGCUAUAAUGGAGGAUUUCCGCACAGAUUGGUCAUGCUGGACUGGCAGCUGGCGAAGUAUGGUUCGCCGGCCUUGGACUUUCUACACUACAUGUUUAUCAGCACGGACGAAUCGUUUCGAAGACUUCACUACGACAACAUGCUACAGACCUACCAGAAUGCACUACGCGACCAUAUGGAACGCCUUGGGGGAGACAACGCGACGGAACGGUUUCCGCUGACGACGCUGAUGCGAUUGAUUCGAUCACAGGCCAAGUAUGCUGUGACGCUGGCAGUGUUGCACAUACCGCUCAUGAUAACCUGUGCCGGUGAGGAAGAGGAGGAAGCCCCCGACGGAAAGGUUGCCAGGGAAAAUGGAACCCGGGGCAGUGGAUCGUACGAUGCCGUGUAUCAGGAACGGAUGCACGGUUUAUUGAAAGACAUUUUCCGAUUGGGCUAUAUGUAGAAU